GACAUGCAAAUGCCAAUUAAUAGCUAGCCUAUAUAUAACACGAUCGAUUUGACAAGUUCUGUAGCUAUUAAAACAUAUCUAAGCCCACCGGACUCGCGUUCGCGCCGUGAACUCGCAAAUGUCCGACGACCGGCAAGCAGUCCUCGGCAGGGAGGAGACGCUGGAGGUGCCGGUCGACUCUGAUGGCGGCAUGACGGCGGAGCGCAAGGAGUGGCUGAAGGAGAUGCGCGGGUGGCUAAUCGUUCUGGCCACCCUGGCCGCUUCGGUGACGUACCAGGCGGGGCUGAACCCUCCCGGCGGGUUCUGGCAGGACGACAAGAAUCAGCACGUCCCCGGCAACCCGGUGCUGCACGACGGCCGGUUGGUGAAGCGGUACCUCACGUUCUACUACUUCAACGCGACGGCGUUCGCGACGUCGCUGGUGAUCAUCAUCCUGCUCCUGAACGAGCGGUUCUACAAGUCGGAGGCCAAGGUGGCGGCGCUCACCCUCACCACCAUGGUCGACCUCAUGAGCCUGGUCGGCGCCUACAUCGCCGGAUCCACCCGCGACAUGCCAAACUCCAUCUACAUCAUCGUGCUCACCUGCUUCCUCUUCGUCGUCGUCAUCUACAUCGCCAGGGUGCUGCCGAAUCUGUGCUUCAUCGUGCUCUUCACGGCGCCGCCGCUCUUCUUGCUGGCAAACAAGGGGUGGCUGCCGGUGACGAGCCACAUGAAGAAGAGGGUGGAGAGGGCCAAGAAGCGGGAACAAGAGGAGGCGGAGAAGCAGAGAGCGGAAGACAAGGCCAACGCCCGGAAAAAGUGGUGCCACUGCGCAUAUGCAUGCUGCCCGUGCGGCAGAGCGUUCAAGUACGACAUGGAGGAGACAGGGCAGGGGGCUGCCUAGCUAAAACCAAAUUAAGAUGCUGCAUGAGUUCAGUUCUUGACAUUUGGCAUGCAUGAUUUAAUUUGUUAGCAGUUCAACGUCGCUGCUAUCUGGUGUCGCCGAUCGAUCGAGUCUUGGGUGUUAUUGUUACUCGAGAAGGACAAUAAAUGUUUCUUUUCUUCCUUCUUUUUAUGUUUGAAACACCACGAGACAAGAAUACUUUAUGAGUCCUUUUGUA